ACGUACCUACUACUCAUACUUGGGUGCCAAGUUGGUAACUCUAGUGCCUGCCUAUCUUAGAACGUACUACGUGCAGCGCGUCAUUCUUGCGCUUGCUCGAUUUUUGGCGGCCACCGGUCCUUGCUUGGCCCAUUUCCCAUGUGAUCAUCAGCAUCAGCAUGGGCAUCAACUUCAUCGCAUCAACUUCAUCAUUACCGGUGGUCUGGUUCCCCCCUCCAAAGCGGGCGCGUGUAAGUAAACAACACACCGUCCGCGUGAUCGUGGUGUGUGGUGUGGAUGAUGAUCAUGGUGGAUGAUGGCAGGAGGGAUGGAUGCACUGGACUGGGCAGGGGACAGGGAUUCGGUUCUUUCGCUCCGAUGGGAGACAGGCAGACAGACAGACAGGAAGGUAGACAGACAUCUGGGCGGCGCGUGGAGUCGACGACUGGGGCCGGCCCGUGCGGCGGAUGAUUAUCUUGUUCUUUUUUUUUUCUUCCCCCAAUCUUUCCUUCCUUCUUGGCUCUUCUUUGCGUCUGGCCCAGCCGAGGACACCUGAACACGACAAGGAACCGGGCACGUAUGAUGUCACGAGCAAGGGGACCCCCCUCCUUCACCCUCCUCUCCUCUCCUCUCUACGCGAGGAAUGGGCAAAAGGGCCUUCAAUAUUGCAGCAGCACGGGCCACCGGCGAAUAGCAGUAGACAGAAAGAGAGGAGGCAUUCCUCGCCGGGCGGUCCCGGGGCCUGGCUUCACAGACAGCAGGUACCAAGUUGCACACAGCCCACCGACCGCAGAGACGCCGUUCGAUGGGGCCGUCGGCUGGAAUGAGGAACGCUGGGCCCGUGUGUGUGUGUGUUCUGUGUG